AUGGCGGCAGCGGCGGUGGUGGCCGAGAUGCCGGAGCCGUGGCCGGAGGUGGAUCUAGUGGAGCGCGAGCAGCGUCGGGAGCUGCUGCUGACGGGCCCGGCGCUGGAGGAACGCGUGCGGGCAGCAGGAGGGCGGCUGCCGACGCGGGUGUUCUCGCUGCCGCUGCUGCACUCCCUGGAGGUGUGCGGCUGCGCGAGCCUGCGCGAGCCGGGCCCGGGGCUGGCGCGCGGCCUCCCGCGCCUGCGCAGCCUCGUGCUGCGAGGCAACGCGCUCGGGCCCACGCUCAGCCCGGAGCUGGGCCCACUGCCCGCGCUGCGCGUUCUCGACCUGUCCGGAAACGCGCUAGAGGAGCUGCCGCCAGGCAGCGGCCUGGGCCCCGCGGAUCCGCCGGCGCUGCCGCAAUUGCAGAGCCUCAACUUGAGCGCGAACCGCCUGCGCGCGCUCCCGGCCGAGCUAGCCAGAUGCGCGCCGCGGCUGCAGAGCCUCAACGUGGCGCGCAACUGCUUGCGCGCGCUCCCGGCCGAGCUCUUUGCGCUGCAGCUACUCAGCGAGCUCGGCGCCUCUGACAACGAGCUACAAGAGCUCAGCCCGGCCGUGGCGGGGCUUCCGGCGCUCAAGACUUUGGAUCUUGCCAAUAACCAGUUAAGUGAAAUUCCCGGGGAACUUGCUGACUGCCCCAAACUCAAGGAGAUCAAUUUCAAAGGGAACAAGUUGAAAGAUAAACGCCUGGAGAAAAUGGUGAAUGGCUGCCAACCAAAGUCCAUUCUGGAGUAUCUGCGAGUUGGGGGACGGGGCAAAGGGAGGGGCAAGACUGACGGCUCUGAAAAAGAAGAAAGCAGGAGAAAAAAGAGGGAGCGAAAGCAGAAGAAGGAGAGUGGAGAUGGUGAGGAGGAAGAAGUGGAGGAAGUAAACAAGCUUCUCAUCAAGAUUCUGCAUGUCUCUGACAGUCCUAUUUCCGUGACUGUAAAAGUAAACCCAAUGGUGAAAGAUGUCCGUCCCUACAUCGUGUGUGCUGUUGUGAAAGGGAUGAACCUGAGGCCAGGAAAUGCUCUGAAGCGAUUCCUCUCAAUGCAGACCAAACUCCAUGAAGAUAUCUGUGAGAAAAGAACGGCUGCAACAAUCGCAACUCAUGACCUCAAGCUGAUCAAAGGCCCUCUGGUCUAUGGAGCGCGAUCUCCCCAAGAACUAAAGAUCAUCCCCUUAGGACGGAAGGAGAUCAAAGCAAAGGACCUUGUCCGACAAUUACAGCUAGAAGCUGAGGAACAGAGAAAGCAAAAAAAACGGCAAAAUGUUUCUGGUUUGCACAGAUACCUUCACUUAUUAGAUGGAAAAGAAAACUAUCCUUGUCUAGUAGAUGCAGAUGAUAUGGUUAUUUCUUUCCCACCAAUAACAAACAGUGAAAAGACAAAGAUUAAAACAACAACCUCUGAUUUAUUUCUGGAAGUGACAAGUGCUACCAGUCUGCAAAUUUGUAAAGAUAUUAUGGACUCUCUUAUUUUGAAAAUGGCGGAGCUCAACAAAUUCACUUUAGAAAAUAAAGAGGAGCAGUCCCUUUCCGACACGGAAGCUGAUAAUGUUUCUGGACCAUUCAAUCUCAAAUCUAAUCAGAAUGCUGAAAAAGAUGGCAACUCCCCAUUAAUUGUGGAGCAAGUUCGGGUUGUGGACAUGGAAGGGAACUUAAAAGUUUUGUAUCCUUCUAAAACAGAUCUGGACAUAACUGCUUCCCAUAUAACGAUCAUCCGUUGAUGUAAAUGCCCACAGCUUUCAGCAAACGCUGAUGUAAAUGAUGGUUUGUCCCCUGUGGGAAACAAAGGCUGCUGAUAAGCACCGUCUACUGACUAGGAAGUAUUUUUGGAUGCAAGACCCACCAAAUGGAUGGACGGGAGGGAAAAAACCACUUGGGAGCCACCAGAUAUGCCUUUCUCAGCAUUCUGUGUAUGUGGAUCACCAGCCUGUCGGCUGUUAUAUCCGAGCAACUGGCCAAAGUUGGCCCCGUUCUAAGAGCCUGUACAGGUGGCCUGAGGGAGGGGAAAGAGGGUCCCUACUUGGCUUCUCUGUAUCAAAAGGAUUCAAUAAAAACCCUUUCAAAACUAA